AUGUUCUUCGUGUCAAAACUCUUCCUAACUAGUUUGCUGGUUUGCCUUGCCCAUGCGUAUCCCGAGAUAACCAGUCCGGCUGCCGGAACCUCGUUGCCUGGUGGUGUCGCGUUUACUAUUACUUGGAUCGAUUCCGGAGACGCACCAGCCCUAGCAGACCUAACUUCGUAUCAAAUUUUCUUAUAUACAGGCUCGAAUUCAAAUCCUCAGCAGAUAUACGAAAUUGGUCAAGGCGCUUUCAGUGCCGGUAACUCUAUAACAGCCAAUGUCCCAGUUACGAUAGGAGGGUCUACAGAGAACGCAUACUUUCUCAGUCUAGUAUCUACGGCGGCUGCAGGAAAAACUAUAACAAGCUUUUCUAGUCGAUUCACUCUCACUGGAAUGACUGGUACAUUUUCGCCCACAGUCAUUAGCGAACUUUCAAAGAUUUCAGGUGCAACAGGACCACCUGUUGUAAACAACAUAGCUGCACCUGCAGCCGUCGCUGAUGUUGCGGGAGCUCCGUUGGAGGAAGGAGAAUGGGCUAUUCCUUAUAAUCUUCAGACUGGUCUCACAAAAUAUGCACCCAUGCAGCCCAUCCCGCCCACUGCUAUAACUGCCACAAACAUAAAACCGCUCUGGCCAACUUCCUCUGUUGAACUUGCAUCAACAUAUUUACCAACUCCGAUCCAAGUAACUACACUCACCCAAUCCCAAACUUUCAGCGCAAAUAGUCAUGCGAAUACGGGAGCUGCAGCAUCUAAUCCUGCUGAUGAUAUGCAAAGGUUUCUAAACCGGUGGAAAGAUUAA